ACUGGGCAGAAGGCAUUAACUAUCAUUCAAAAAAUUACAAGCAAGAAAGAGAAACUUUCCUCUUUUAUACAAACGCUUAAAUGGCUGCCGCAGUUGCUGGUGGGGAGACCGGCGAACGACAACGUUUGGACUAUGGGCUGAUCAAGGCAUUGCAGAGAGGGGACGAGAGCACCGUCGAAAGAUUCUUCUCGCAAGAGGUAUCUAUGGCCAUUGAUCUUCAUAAUGUCGCUCGUCAAGCAGGGCGCAGGAGAUGGGGGGGAGUUACCGUAGGCGGAAACUCGGCCCUCCAUAUCGCGGCUGAUUUUGGGCACUUGGAGCUCGCGGCGCUGAUCUGCGCAAGAGACAGCUCCCUCUUGAGGGCGCGCAAUGUGGCCGGCGAGACGCCGCUGCACUGCGCUGCGAGGGCUGGGGCAGACCAGAUCGUGUCCCUCUUCAUUUCCAUAGCAAGGCGGCAGGAGGACAGGAGCUGGUUGGAGGCGGUGCUGCGCGCCACAGAUCGGGAAGGGAAGACUGCAUUACAUGUGGCGGCCGAAGAAGGCGAUGCGUGGGUGGCCGAAGUUUUGAUGUCUGCGGAUCCCGGGCUGGCGGCUAUAGACGACCAUAAUGGUGUAUCUCCGCUUUAUGCUGCCGUGCUGUCGGAAUCGCUCGAAGUUGUUCAGGUCCUGAUAGGGUCCCAUGCUGACGGAGGGGACACGCCAGAGGCAUCCUAUGGCGGACCGAACGGGCAAACUGCACUGCAUGCAGCCGCCAUCAUCCAAAGCCCGGAGAUUGCAAAAGAAUUAUUCUACUGGAAGCCAGAGCUUACAAAGAAAGUUGAUAGCUCAGGGAGCACUCCCCUUCACUAUUUAGCAACAACUUUUAACCGACGUAUGAUGCGCCAACUAUUAAUACAUGACACUUCUCCGGCUUACUUCUCAGACUCUAAAGGAUUAUGCCCUAUACAUGUUGCUGCUAGGAUGGGAAGACUCCCUAUAAUUCGUGAGCUUAUUCACCAUUGCCCUGAUAUGGGCGAGUUAGUGGAUGGUAGAGGAAGGAAUUUCCUACAUGUUGCUACACAGCACAAAAGAGCGAAGAUAGUUCGGUUCAUCUGUAAGCAUCCAUUAUUUGUGAGAAUAACGAAUGCAAGGGAUUGUGAAGGGAAUACGCCAUUACAUCUUGCCGUAAAAUCCAAUAACCAAACUAUAGUGAGUCUUCUGUUGGAAAACAUGAGCGUUCGCCCAAACAUUGUGAACAAGGAUGGUAAAACACCUCUAGAUCUUGCAAUAGACGGGCGCGACUAUGGCCUCCACUAUUUGCAGAACCCGAGUGUGUUCAUAUUUCGGUGCUUACAAGGGAUCGGAGCCAUCUGUGGCCCUCAACGACGACUGGACAAGUUGGUCGAUGAAAAAAAGACUCGAUUAGAUCCGGAGAAAGAACUGAAGAAGUACGAGAGCACAACCCAAAGCCUAGCUAUUGCCUCGGUGCUUAUCGCUACUGUGACAUUCGCCGCAGCUUUCACCAUGCCGGGGGGCAAUAAAGCUGACGACCACCAAAACGGUGGCACACCAACUUUAGCAAGGAAAUUUGCUUUCAAGGCUUUCAUAAUCUCGGACUUCUUAGCAUUUAUUUGCUCCAGCAUAGCCACUAUGUUGCUUAUGUAUGCUGGCUCACCUACGACAGAUCCUACUAUUCGGAGUGCAUUCCUCAUCCGCUCCUCCAUUUUCCUAAAUGUGGCCGCACAUAGUAUGGUGACCGCAUUCGUGAUGUCGGUGUAUGUGGUGCUGGCUCCAGUUGACAAACCCUUCUCCAUUCUUGCCUGCAUAUUCGCUUUCCCUUUGAUACUAUUGUUUGCAAGCCCACGGAUAUCGCAGCAAUUUCGUCUGGCAAGCGUGCUAAGGUCAAGACUUGGAUGGUGGAGGAUGUGCAAAGUCGGUGUGGCACGAUCUAUGCGCAAUAUUUACUGACGUAUAUCA